UUUACAGAUUGUAUAAUUUUAUGUAUUAACAUUAAUUACAGCAGUAAGUAGAUAACAGUUAUCAUGUUGAACAGUUUAUAAAAAUGUUACUGAAUCGUCGUAUCGUACUUAGCCCCAUGAGUAUCAUAAUUAUUUGUACAUUACUUUGCGGGGUGCUAGGAGAUGUACCGCUCGUGAAAACCACCCAGGGAUGGGUGCAGGGAGUGAGGGAUGAGGGAUACGAUACGUUCCUUGGUAUCCCGUACGGGGUCGUGGAUCCUGAUAAUGUUUUUGGAGCAGCCAAACCAACUCUGAAACAGGAGGGUGUAUAUGUUGCAGUAGACGAUUCCAGAGUAUGCCCUCAAGUAAACAAGGACAACCUCACCGUUUUUGGGACUCUUGACUGUCUAAACCUUAAUGUUUACGUCCCCAGAACCUCACACAAGAAAGCUGUUCUGGUCUGGAUAUACGGAGGGUCAUUCCAAAGAGGUUCCGCUUUGAAAAAAUAUUACGGACCUCGGUAUUUAGUCCGGCAUGAUAUUAUAUUAGUAACGUUUAACUACAGGCUGGGUCCUUAUGGGUUCUUUUGUUUGGAUACCAAGGAGAUCCCGGGAAACCAAGGUAUGAAAGAUCAGGUCUUGGCUUUGAGAUGGAUCAGAGAUAAUAUAGAAGCCUUCGGAGGUGAUAAAGAAAGAAUAACAGCAGCCGGCUGUAGCUUUGGCGCUGGAUCUAUUGAACUUCAUCUAUUUUCCAACCAAGAAAGACUCUUCAAUCAGGCCAUUAUAGAAAGUGGUUCACCAUAUAUGAAUGGUGCUCUUGGUGCAGCAAAUCGUUCGUAUCCAUUUAUAUUAGCUAGACAUUUUGGGUAUGAUGCAACAGAUUUAACAAAGGCUUUAGAUUUCCUGGCCAAGCUAGAUCCACUAGAACUUGCUAAAGCAUCUUCAGAACUCUUCGACAAAUAUCCAGUUUGCAUUGAAAAAGAAUUUGAUGGUGUUGAAAGCUUUAUAUCACAUCGAGAUUUUAAUGCAACGAAAGUUAAUUCUAUGAAUAUUGUGAUUGGUUACACGAAACAAGAGAUGUUAAUGGAUUACAUCGAUAUAGAGCCUGAAGUCUAUUUUACACAAAUAGACAUUUUUAAAGAAACUCUAAAAUAUUUUAAUGUGGAUGACCUACAAAAUAUUCCGGGAAUAAUGCGUCGUUUUUACAUCGGGUAUGAAGAUAUUAGUGUAAACGUUAGAGAAAACCUAAUUGAUUUUUUCUCCGACGUUUCUUUGGUCCAUUUUAUUUGGCGAGACAUAAAUAAAUUGAUAGAUUAUGGCGCUAAUAUCUAUCACUACAUAUUCUCGUAUGUUGGCAAGAGGAAUUAUAUGACGGGCAGGAAUAAUAUAACGUGCACUGGAGCGACUCACGCUGACGAGAUAGGAUAUAUAUUUGAUAUGGACGUGUUCGCUACUGAUAUUGAUAGAAGGGAUUCUAUCAUGCGAGAUAGAAUGACUGCAAUGUGGACCAACUUUGUCAAAUACGGGUGAGAAACGUAAACAAACCUUCCAUAUUUUUUUUCUUAUAUGACCGUACGGUAGGAAUUCACCGCCUCUUAUAUUAGUAGGCACGAUAUUUGUGUUGAAGAAAAGGGCUAUUCGCGCUGUUUAUAAUUGUGUCGUAAGAAAAGAAUUA